CUCUGUUUGCGUCACUUUGAUGACGUUUACUAAACCGCGAGAAUCUUGAAAUAUUUCAGUUAGUUAAAUUGCUGUGUUCACUUGGUUUUCUUCACCCGGCAGACGACAUAUCUUGAUAACGACUUACUUUAAAGAGAAUCUUUUUAUAAACUGCGAAAAUAUUGCGAAAGUCAGUGAGUUGCUGUGUGGCACUUAAUCGCUUUUCUGCGCCCGGCAGACGACAGGUCUAAAAACGACAUUUUUUUAUGCAGACACCCAUUGAGAGUGCAGACCUAUACCCUUCAACUUUGCAACCACCACUUCAGAAAAAGUGCUCAUUACAAAAUCACCCGGGAGACUAUUCUGUUGUUGCCUUUUUCUUUUGCUGUGGAAUGGAAUCGAAUGGCCAAGACCGAACUGAAGCAGUAUCUUGUCCUUGUGAGCGGCCACAGCAGUGGGUUGUUUGCUGUGUUUGUGGAUUUCGCUUUCAAGGACGUGUGCGAAAGCAAUGUGACUUACAUCCUAGAAGCAUAUACCUUAUGGAUAUCAGCUGCUGUCCUGAGUGCAAUUGUCAGGUUUUACGGGAAGUUCCACCACUCGAGCCAAGAGAAGCUUGAUCCGUGCAGCAUGAGUUAAGGGUUAAUAAUGAUUAAUAUGCUGUAUUUUGCAAUUUCCUUUGUAUUGCAACAUUCUAAUGUUUCUGUUUUCAUUUGAUUGAUCUAUAGUUGCUGAAUUUGCACAUCUGAUAUAUUAAAUUUUUUUUAAAGGACAAUGCUGAGAGGCCCAUGAGCAGGAAAGGUUUUUAAUAACUGAAAUCAGAUACUUUUAUUCAUGUAUAUGCAUCUGCAAAGAGCAUUUAUACAUAAACGAGGAAACUUAUGACUGAUUAUAGGUUGUGCCUAAUGACCUGUAGGUAUUGCUGGUGUAAGUCUAUUUCUGCAUCAUUAAAUAUGCUUUUUUCCAGUUUUCACCAAAAAGGCUUUGGCAAGUUCUUUUAUAAAGUACCAUAUGUUUUGCACAAGGUCAAUUUUUUUUGUUCUUUAAUAUUAGUGGAUGUAGAAAUGGGCAAUUAUUUUGCAACAAAAUUGUAGUCAAUGCAGUCAUAAUUCAACAUUGUGCUACUUAUAAUUUUCAAGAUUUUGUCAUCAUCUUGCUUUGCUUCUAAAAUCAGCCUGAACACUAACAGGGAUGGUGGGACAUCAAGAUCGUAAAACAUGAUGCUUAGUGCGAUGUUAAAUGUACAGGAUACCAUAUGAGGGUUAUUUUUACAGUCUUGUAACAAUUGGUCAGCCUUCUUUAUCUGUCUUGCUCUGCAUUGCCGUGAUAUAAGUCUUAGUUGCUGAAUUUGCGUAAGACACCAAUUCCCGCCAUCCCUGCCCGCUUGGCUUCUGAAGGGUACGACUAAGCAUUUGCUAAGGUUCUGGCCAUUUUAAAUGCAGUUGUUGUUUGUUUUCUUUUUCACUAUGGACGGUCAAACUUUCUGGCUUAGUUUAAACACUUUUGUUACUAUUUGUUACUUUAAAAAUGUUAAUCCUGAAGCUUUAAAAACUAUAUCCUCAGUCAUUUUUUUAGUGAUAGUAUAUGCUUGCAUUCUUGUUGAGGACGUGUUGGUGCUUUGGUAAGAUUUUGAUGUAAAAAAUGGCUUAACAGAUUUUCUUAAAAUUAAGUUUCUUUCUUUAGGAAUAGUUAACUUGGUCUUUCGUUGCUGCUUCAGAGGAAUAAAGAUUUUCAUUAAACA